AUGGAGGAUAAUGCAACAGGCACGCUGGAGGGACAUGUUGCAUCACCAAUAUGGGAUCUUGUGAACUUCAUGUACCACCCAGAGUACCACGAUGCACAAUUGGUAAUUCUAUGCAAAGGUCAAAUGUUUGUUAUUGAAAUGGACCCCAAAUACUUCUCAGACUCCCCAGAGCAAAAAGAAAAAUACCUAUUCUGGAUGCAGGUCGUCGAUGAAGGUGAAGUAGAUGGCUUUGUGGAGGAGGAUUUCUGGGACUGGGCCGUGGCUCCCCUCAUGCCACUCCUAGAGGCACUGCCGCCUUCGCCUGGCCUGGAAACCAUUCAUGAUUUUCUCUUCGCCAUGUGCACCCAGUACAAGCUGUGUGCGGGACCCAGUGGCCCGGUUGCCACUCUCGACAAGGAAGCCAGCUCUUAUGGUUCCUCGUUCCGCGUGUCGCUCUCGGAGCCUGAGUGCGCGCCAUUCGCUGCAUUUUCUCCGUCUGAAGUCAAGAUCUUCAAGGGAGAUAAACCUUUAUCGUUCUCCUGGGGCCAUCCAGAGCUGGUGCUUUUGCCGGACGGAACAAUCGCCGAGCUUCUCCUAGUUCACCGCGGUCAUCUUACAUUGCCUGAUAAGCUCGAGGCUUUUUGGAAGAUAGAUGAAGCGGUAGGCAGCGAUACCUUAGUUCAGAGGAUGUACGGGCUACUCAAGAGCGAGAACGGCGACGUCCACGGGCUCUUGCUAUCUCACAUUGACUGCAAAUAUCAUGGGAUUCACUCUGCUGCACACUAUGAAGAUGCAUCCAUGCGGCCGAGAUGGACAAAGCAAAUCCUACAGUCCGUCGAAAGAUUACAUGCGGCUGGCGUAAUCUGGGGUUAUGCCGAUCCUGGCAACGUUCUGAUCGAUCGAAACAACGAUGCAUGGAUCAUAGGCUGUGGCAACGGAUACACCAAAGGUUGGACUCCUAAAGGGUUGGCUGGAACAAAGGAGGGUGACUGGCUAGCCGUUGAGAAGGUACUCGGUUUUCGAUACGUGGAUGACAGUGGGUUUUACUUUGAGCGCAGGUCGAACAUCCUCGACUCUCCACGUGGAGUCUUUGGACAGCCAGGCACAAAAUUGUAG